AUGCUGAAGAUGGAAAGUGGAGAAACCAAUUUAGCGGAGUGGUUAACUAGUAUUCAUUCAAAAGACACAGAUGUUGAGACAGUGACUAAAUACUUUCAUCUGGAUGAGGUCAAGGUUAAGGAUUUAAACUUGACCUUGGGAAAACUUGAUCACAGAUUGAGAGCAGCGAAAGAAGAAUUAAAGAACGCCGCAACUAAAAGUAAAAUGGCGCAAAUAGCGUUGGAUAAAUGUGCAGAAGAAUUCAGGCAAGUCUAUGCUGCUCGGCAGGAGGUUGUCAAACAGUGGGAGGAUGCGGUAGAUCUACUCAGGAACGUUUCAAAUGUCGUCUGCUUCGAAAUUCAAAACAUCGUCUUUUCUAGUGUCGUCUUGUAUAUUCAAUAA